CGCAGCGGCAGCAUCGGACGUGGUCUAUUUGCCUGACGCGACUGCGGCCUUUCGAGGACUGCGUGUCUUUUCGCCCUCUUCAGUUGCAGUCUUGGCCUUCCUGUGUACCUCACUGGACACUCGAAGAAGAUUCUGAAUUUCAUAUCCACGACAAGUGUUGCAUUCUAUGAGCUCCGAGAGCGUGUGAUAGAGGAUCGGAAGUGCGUAAAGUGAAGGCUUGAGGCAAGAAAUGAUCGUCCCGGAGAUGUUAGGAGGUGGAGAGCGAGACUGUAAACUGUUGCUGCUUGCUGCUGCUGUGCUGGUGGGCAUUAUAAGCUCACUUCAAGUGGCUGUGCGUGCCGAAGUAUACAACGUAGGCGAUGGAGGUGGCUGGACGACGGACACUAAUUACACUCAAUGGGCUGCGCAAUAUACAUUCCGCGAGGGCGACACCAUCGUUUUCUUGUAUUCUCGAGGAUCGCACGAUGUGUUGCGAGUAAACCAGAGGGACUUCUUAACCUGCAGCGCCUCCACUCCGAUAGAGACGGAUGCAAGUGGGGAGACGGCCUUCCAGCUUCGAGCAGGAGGAUAUUACUUCAUUUGCGGAUUUCCAGAGCACUGCCGGAGUCAGCAGAGGGUUUACGUCAAGGUGUUACCAGCUGUGGCGACUCUUCCUCAUCAAACUGCGGGCGGGAACUUGCCAGCUUACACACAGUCUGCAGAAGGUCCUACUAGCGCCGCCACUGGUAUGGUCCCGACUGCUGCACCGAGUGCUGCAGCUCGUCCACGGCUAUCUACUCACUCGCUGAUUGUGCUCAUACUCACAGCGAUGUUAUCACUAACGUGCUUUGCUCCUCGACUGAAAUCAGUGUGACAGAAUGCCGUCACAUGACCACGUUAUAUUCUCCCUAUAUCUAACUCCGUCAGCUCAUCGGGAGCAAAGGAAACUCUGUAAAAUGGUAGUUACACGUGGCGUUUUGUAGCAGCCAUCGAUUAUGCAUUGUUAGUGGUCCCUCACUCUGUCAUGGACCAGUUGAAGGCUUUUGACGAACCUGAGGAUGAAACAGACUUCAUGAGUAAAAUAGAUCAAUGAAUGUUAAAACAAAAUAUCAUCGUGAGAAUUUUAUCAAGAGUGAAAAAAUUGCUGAUCUACGUGACAGCUGAUAACUCUUUCCUGCUAUGAUGUCGGUGUAAUGUACCUGUGAGCCAGUCAUGAUAAUUUUUUAAUGGUAUAUUGGUAUACCGGUGCAUGUAUAAUAAAGCCCUUCCCGGCGUCUGUAAUCCCCU